UACGAAAGGAACCAAAACAUUUGUCGUGUCCAGAUUUCAGUGAACGUCGGCCCAAAAAGCUCACUCGUCCUAGUACGCGUACAUUUGAGGCAACUUAACACGGUCACCAUUCCUCCAACUUUCUCGCACCUGUACAAACGAAUUCCAUCGUCGAUUCGGUUUUUUCCCCCAAAAUAAACAACGAAGGCGUGUAAUCGGGAUCAACAAGAAGCAACCCAGAAGCUGCUUUCCUUGUUCUCUCUUUGUCUUCUUCGCACAAUCUGUUACAAAGAACCCUGGUUUUGUUGGUACGUCCCUGUUCAUCUCCCGUCUCAUUAUCCCAAUAGAUUUGAUUACGACCCUUUUUUGCUGGGAUUUUUUGGUAAGUUAAGUGAGUACAAUCAUCUCAAGAAACUACCGUCUCAUUAUCCCAAUAGAUUUGUUUACGACCCUUUUUUGUUGGGUAUUUUUUUGGUAAGUUAAGUGGGUACAAUCAUCUCAAGAAACAACCCAGUAGCUGCUUUUCUUGUUCUUUCUCUUGUUUCCCUCGUUACUUUCACCUAAAACUCUGCUAAUUGUAAUUGUCAAUUGAUUCUUCUCUCAUCAUCCCCCUAAAUUUACCGCCAUAUGUGCUCAUAUCUUGAUUUUCUAAACGGGGUAGGUUAGUUUUCAUUGUGAUCCCCAAUUGUCAGUGUUUGAAGGCUUUUUGAUUAUUUUUCUGCCAAAAGGGAAAAAAAAGGUCAAGUUUUUGGGCUAAGGGUUGGUGAGUUCGGUUAGAAAUGGAAAAUUCGAAGGGCUUUUAUCGUCGAAGGCACUUGCGUUUUCGAGGGGUUUUCAAUGGAAUUUGUGCGGUUGUACUGUUCCUCUUCAUCUUCUUACAGGAGGAAAGUAUUAUGGAAAGCCCUUUUCUUGGGAGGUUCAAAUGGGGUUCAAGAGGUGGUUUGCACAAUGAACUUGAUGGGGUUGAGGUUAUCCAUAGGCGAACUGCUGAAGUUAGUGUUAAUUCAUCGAAUUUCGGUGAUAAAAAUGAUGGGUCGAUGCAGAACGAUUUGAAUAGUAUGAGAAACCCAACGCUUUGCACGGAAAUGUAUAAACAUAAAGGGUACAAUAGCGAAUGUGAGUACUUGAUUGCCAAUCCCCAAUGUGCCUCGGAGGGUUUCUUCAAUUACAUUGGCUUCUUUUACUGUGACUGUGAGCAUCACAGUGCUAUUGCGUAUAUUGUGCUGGCCAUUUGGUUGGCUGCUCUAUUUUACCUACUGGGUAAUACUGCAGCGGAUUACUUCUGUUGCUCUCUUGAGAAGCUUUCGAAUCUCCUGAAGUUACCCCCUACAGUGGCAGGAGUUACUUUGCUUCCACUUGGGAAUGGAGCACCGGAUGUGUUUGCUAGCAUUGCAGCUUUCAUGGGCACGGAUGUGGGGGAAGUGGGUCUCAAUUGUGUGUUGGGUGGAGCUUUGUUUGUUACUUGUAUCGUUGUUGGCACGGUUUCCCUUUGUGUGGCAAAGCAGAGGGUUCAGAUCAAUAAGGGGUGCUUUAUCAGAGAUGUUUGUUUCCUAAUCUUCACUCUAGUGUCCCUCGUCAUCAUUUUGGUCGUUGGCGAGGUGAGUGUUGGUGGUGCAAUUGCAUAUGUUUCAAUUUACCUGGUUUAUGUCAUUUCCAUUGCUGCAAAUGAGAUGUUGCGAAAAUAUGUGAAUAAGCUGGGAAUCAAUUCGGUUACACCUUUGCUUCCUGCUAAAAAAGCAUGUAGACUUUCUGAUGGAAAUGAAGAGGAUGGGUUUAUGUCCGUCUCCCUACUCGAGUUUGGUGCCGAGAAUGAUGUGCCCUCAUUACAUACUAGGCUGCCUCAUUGGAUGUGGGCUGCAAAUGUGGCAAUCUAUUCAAAUGAGACUGUGAAGGCUGCUCAUGUUGAAGAUAGCCCAAACCCUCUUUGGGGUUGGAACGAAGAGGAGCCGGGGAAUGACCAAUCAUCCUUUUCUUGUUCCACGUUAUGUGCAAUGCUUGAAAUCCCCUUGACACUUCCAAGACGGUUGACAAUACCUGUAAUUGAGGAGGAACGGUGGUCAAAAGGGUAUGCUGUGGCCAGUGUCUCUUUUGCACCCAUGCUUUUGGCAUUCCUCUGGAACACAAAGGAUGAUGUGGAAAGUGGGUGGAUUGCUUAUCUUAUUGGCGCUUUAAUUGGUGGUAUACUAGGUGUUAUUGCAACUAUAUACACUAGAUUCGAUCAGCCACCUCAGAAGUUCUUAUUCCCAUGGGUUUGCGGCGGUUUUUUCAUGAGUAUCAUUUGGUUCUACAUGGUGGCAAAUGAGCUUGUUGCUCUACUCGUCACAUUUGGUGUGAUAUUUAAAAUCAACCCGUCAAUCCUUGGUUUAACAGUGUUGGCAUGGGGAAACUCCAUGGGUGAUUUGGUGUCGAAUCUUGCUUUGGCGAUGAAUGGUGGAGACGGUGUGCAGAUUGCCAUGUCUGGAUGCUAUGCAGGGCCUAUGUUCAACACACUAGUUGGUCUGGGAAUCUCGGUGCUGAUUGGGGCCUGGUCAAAGAAACCAGCACCUUACAUAGUUCCGCAGGAUAAGAGCUUGUACUUCACAAUAGGGUUUCUCAUGUUAGGGCUUGUUUGGUCACUGUUCGUGUUACCACUGAAGGACAUGCGCCCUACCAAGUUGCUGGGAGUUGGGCUUACAGCCAUCUAUUUGGUGUUUCUUGCUUUCAGGUUGAGCACCUCUAUGGGGGGUUUGCCAUUGGAUGGUUUUAGAUGAUAUUCGAAUUGAUGCCAUUGUGAAGGAAAAAGGCAAUCCUAGAUGAGUUUUUGAACCUCAGAAGUAGUGUUUUCUUAGCACGGGUUCGUUUUUUCCAUUUUCUUUAGUUUAACAUUCUUAGAAAUCCGUGUACAGCUUUUAUAUGAAGUUUGAGCUGUCUAUGUGUAAUGCUUCACAAAAUAUUUGUACUCGGUAGAAAAAGCGGAUGUCUUCUUGCUAAUAUAUUACUCCGUACUAGUAUCCGGAGUUGGAGGA